AUGGACACCGCAGUCAUGAGCCAUCUUCCGAUCUAUCAACGAUCUGAAGAACCUGUUUGGGGUCGAAGCAGUUAUGAUAUGCAUCGUUCACCUCCUCCAUUGCAAGGUGCUGUUGUUCCUUCGUAUUCAACCACUGUUAUUCAUUCAGUUGCUAAACCACCUACUGAAUCAGAUAUAUACAGGGUUGGUGUAUAUGGCUGGCGUAAGAGAUGUUUGUACUGCUUCAUCUGCAUGCUUACAGUUGUUGUCAUACUAAAUUUAGCAUUAACUAUAUGGGUUAUGUCUGUUCUCGAUAUCUCUCCGACUGGAAUGGGCACAAUGAGAAUUGAAGACGAUAGUAUACAAAUUAUGGGUGAAGCACAAUUUGAUCGUCCUGUUCAUUUUGCUGAACUUUCAACAGCUGCGGAUGAAGCACUAAUUAUCGAUUCAUACCGUGGUGUUUUUAUUAAGGCCCGAAAUAUGUCGGGAUAUCAAACAGCCAUGCUUAACAUGUUUCAAGAUGGACGCACAGAAGCGGUCUGUGAUCGUUUCGAAAUUUACGACAACUCCAGAAAGUUGUUAUUUUUUGCAGAAUCUAACGAGAUUGGCCUAAAGCUAGAGAAUCUUAGGAUACUUGAUGAUGGUGGAAGUAUUUUUGAAGGAGCUAUACAAACAGCACUUAUUCGACCUGAAUCUGAUCGUCCGUUAAGUUUGGAAUCCCCAACCAGAAGUUUAAAUCUAGAAGCAGGUCAAGAUAUUGAAAUUACAAGUGCUGCUGGGGAAAUUAAAGUCUCGUCGUUGCUUGACAUCACCAUGAAUUCCAAACAAGGAGAAGUUCGUCUAGAAUCAAGCAAUGUAAUCAUGUCGGGAUUGCCGAGAAGUGAUGCCCGAGGAAGUCCUCAGUAUCAGCUUUGUAUUUGUAAUAAUGGAAAAUUGUUUAUGGCAGCAGAUGGAGCUGAUUGUCGAGCGGACCGAAGCAUUUGUAAAUAA